GUGAAGUCACCGCUACGGUGUCGGCAGGGCUGAGCGAGUUAGCUCGAGUUAAAGCGACUUUAUUGAUUAAAGUUCACUUAUUAAAGUGAUUUAAUCCAUCACAGAUCAUUAAUCAAAGCCUCGUUUACCGCUCAGGAGUGACGCGGUGUCGUCAGACGAUACAGAUCGAAAACGUGAUCUGCAUGGACUCGAAUGCUAAUUUAUCAUGUUCAGCGAAUGUGCAGUGACUCUGGUCUGACGGCGUUUGUCUUGAACGAACACAAUCCGCACCGCAGCAGUCAUGUCUCUGCCUGAGGAAGCAGGGGAUCGUGGGAAGGAGAGGGAGCGCGGAGCCCGGCCCAAAGUGCGUCAGAGCCGCUCCGAGGAGAGACGAGACGGAGCAAGGCAGAAGGGCGCGAGGGGGAAGAAGAAAAGCCACCCUUCGCACAAUCUGACCUCGGAGCGGCCCGUGAGCGACGGCUUCGAGUACGGAGAUCUUCUGAACAAUUCCAGCGAAUCCCUGCUCUCCGAACGGGUUUCCGCUGAGGACACGGAGAGCAAGGCGUCCGGAAGCAGCAGAACGCUCCGCCAGAAGAUCCAAGACGCAGUAGGCCAGUGUUUCCCCAUCAAGACCCACAGCCAAGUCCUGUCCCCCUCGCCGUCCUCCAGGCGCAAGAUCCACCUCAGCGAGCUCAUGCUGGACAGCUGUCCGUUCCCCGCCGGCUCGGACCUGGCGCAGAAGUGGUACCUCAUCAAGCAGCACACGGCUCCCAUUUCUCAAGCUCCGGUCCUCGACUCCGGAUCCACGCUUGCUGUGGAGGACGAGGACGACCGCUUACGAGAGAGACGACGGAUAAGCAUCGAGCAGGGAGUCGAACCUCCGCCCAACGCUCAGAUCCACACCUUCGAAGUGACGGCGCAAAUCAACCCGCUUUACAAACUCGGACCCAAACUGGCUCCCGGGAUGAACGAGUUAGCCGGAGACGAGCGCGCAGCGCUGCUCCUGCAGAGAUGUUUGGACACGCUCGAUGAAGUCGUUGCAUCGUCGUCAUCAGAUUUUGAUUUGUGCGCCGCAUCUCCGACUCUAGUUCCGCCGGACAGUCCUAAAUCACAAGACGGACUCCAUCGCAUUCACACGCAAAUCGAUUACAUCCACUGCCUAGUCCCCGAUCUGCUUCGGAUCACAAACCUGCCUUGCUACUGCGGCGUCAUGGACCGAUACCAAGCCGAAACGCUGCUGGAAGGCAAACCCGAAGGCACGUUUCUAUUGCGCGACUCUGCGCAGGAAGACUACCUCUUCUCCGUCAGCUUCCGGCGGUACGGCCGCUCGCUGCAUGCGCGCAUCGAGCAGUGGAAUCAUAACUUCAGCUUCGACGUGCACGACCCCAGCGUGUUCCACGCUCCCACCGUCACCGGCCUGCUGGAGCACUACAAGGACCCCAACUCCUGCAUGUUCUUCGAGCCGCUGCUGUCUAACCCCAUCCACCGCUCGCAGCCCUUCAGCCUGCAGCGCAUCUGCCGCGCCGUCAUCAGCAGCAGAACCACGUACGACGGCAUCAACGCUCUGCCGCUACCCAACGCUCUGAAGGAGCACCUGAAGGAGUACCACUACAAGCAGCGCGUGCGCAUUCGCAGACUGGACACCUGGUGGGAGUGACCGGGAACGAGACCGGAGUAGUGCUGUCAGACGAUUAAUCGCAUGCAAAGUACAAGUUUUUGUUUACAUAACAUACAGUCAAACCAAAAAUUAUUCAGACACCAGAUAUAUCAUUUUUGAUGUUUGUUUACUAGUGCGUGCAGGACACUAUAGUUCAUUUAUGUAAGUGAUGAUAGCAAAAUAAAGUAACUGUGACAUAUUA